CCGCGUUUCCUAGCAACCACCUCGUUUUUGUUGAUGUCGAUGGUUUUGGCAGUAUCUGUUUUGUUCCCCCGAAAACAGCUUUAAAUAUUGCGUGAAAAUAAUAUCUGCCCCGUGAGCGAAAUGUUCCAAGACAAUCUAGCGAAUGAAAACCUGGUCAUCGUACCUCCGGCCCGUCCCAAGCACACUUCGCGUGAUUGGGCCCUGAACAAUCGCGCCAAGAAUGUGUUCUCCGUGAAUCAGCAAACGCUCGCCGAACGGAUCAUUUGUGAGAGUGAGCGGUUGAUCGAUGAAACGAAUUUCACCACCGAAUUGAACAAAAAUGAAUCGGACUUCCGACUGGAGGAACGCAUUGGCGAUAUCAAAUUUCGACAGGACGAACUCAAGAAGCAGAAGAAGGAGGCUCACGUGGAGGAGGAAGCACUGAAGGUGUACAAACAACGCAUCAUUGACGCUAUUAACACACUGCAAGAAAUCGCACUGCCGCUCUGCCAAAAGUGUAUCAUCCUGCGGGAAACCAGACAAGGAAUUGAUCUGGUGCUCGAUGAUGUGGACAAGGAGCUCAAGAGGGAGCUCAAUGUGAUCCAGGGAGUGAUUGAGCUGUUAAACAAACUGAUGGAUGAAGGGGUGGAGCAGUUGAGGCGGCUCCGAGCCGCCAUUUAUCUACUGGAUCGGGAUCUGUCCAACAAGGAGAAAUCGGUACAAAUUGACGAGAAGAACAUCGAGCUACGAUUCAACCAGAUGGGGAUGAAAGUUUACGAUGGGAAUGUUCCAUUGGAUCCCUAUAAUAACACCGACCCGGAGUGGAUCAAAGUGACGAACGCAAACAUCGAGAAAACUGCCAAAGAAAUCAACGCCGGCCAAACGCUGCGCUCGUACAUCGAUCAGCUUCUGAAGCAGGCCGCCGAAGAUAUUCGCGCCCAAGUGCAACGCACAAGCACCGCUUUCUGCAAGAGGAUUGCCGAGAUGCGCUACACCAAAAUUAAGCUGGAGAACGUCCACAAGGAGACGGUCCGUCAGGUGAACGAGCUGACGAGAAAUGUCACCAAGCUGGAGAAGGAAAUCGCAGAGAAGGAAGGGUAUGUUGCGCUGGCCCAGAUGAGAAUGGCGAACAGAGCUCAUCGACCGGGGAUAGAACUGUGCAAGGAUAAUGUUUAUAAUAGUUUAAAGAAGGAGUUGGGUGGCCUGAGGGAAACAGUCUCCAAAUUGGACCGAAUGCUGGUGCAAUCCAAAGCGACGCUGAGAUAUUUGCUGAAUACUCAGGUAAUGCAAGAGGAAGAGAUUAAUCUUAAGACCAGUUCGCUCAAAAUAGAUGAGGUUGAUUGUCUGACGUUAAGAGAGAGUCUGAAGUUUCAAAACUUUUGAACCGUUUCGGAGCACAAAUUUGCAAUUUGCGUGUUUUGGUGAGCACAAG